CGCAUCUGUCGCCAUGUUUGUUUGUUUAUUUCGCAGUUAAAUAUAAAUUUAAUGAAUAUGUCUCUCUAAUAUUAACGUCUAAAAUAAAAUAAAAACCUUUGAAUACUGACCAGAUACGGUUUAGUAUUGCAAGCAGCUCUUGUUAAUGAUUAUCCCCUUGCUACCCCUUAUAUCUUAUCUCAGCUUUUUCAUUUACCAUUGAGUCUUCAUCACAGCAGCUUAGAGGCAAUGUCCACUUGCCAGCACAACUGGCUGGAGCUACAGCAUUUCCAACCCAUUAUGGACAUUUUCUUUUGACACACUCCUGCUAAAAAACAGCAACAAUGGAUCUUUCACAUGCUUGUAGAUUCCUGUUGAUCAUAGGUGCAGCUUUGGUGAUUUUUCCUCACUUCAAUCUAGGAUUGUUGUCUGACUACAAGGUCUGUGGAGAUUCGGAGUGUGAAAGCCUGAUGAGCAGAGUGCAGGCAAUAAGGGACUACCAUGGUAAGGACUGCCGUUACCUGAGCUUCAGACGGGGAGACACCAUCUUUGUUUACCACAAACUGACCGGGAAGAGGGAAGACCUCUGGGCAGGCACUAUCGACAAACAGUUUGGAUAUUUCCCAAAGGAUGCGGUGCGGGAGGAGCAGGUUUAUGCAACCACGGAGAAAGUGGUGGAAACACAGAAGUCAGAUUUCUUCUGUAUGGAUGAGUCUGGCUUUCCCAUUGACACCACUGAUUUGGAUAUUGAUGAUGAUGAUGAUGAUGAUGAUAAGGGUGACCAAAUAAUCCAAAUCCAGGAGUCAGAAACUAAGCAAAUCGUCCCACACACUGACGACAUGAAUCCUGAAAGCCCUUUGACAUCUACAGAAACCUCCACAGAGUCUCUGGUUUCAACGCAGGAAGCAGUAGGAGAUGAAAACGUAAACGUUGGUGAUGCCGCAACUGGGCUACACGAGGAAGCACCCGAACCUCCUGCGCCUCAGAACGAACAAGGUGGGUCACCCCCCUCUUCCUGGCUCGGUUCUUCAGUGACAGGAUGGUUAGGUCUGGCUAAAGAUGAGCCACCUGGCAGUUUGACAGAAGCAGAGAAGGAGGAUGAGAGGAAAGAGACAAAGGCCGACUCUUCAAUCACUUCCUCUGUGACUGGGUGGCUGGGGUUUGGAGGUGAAGGAAAAUCGGAUGAUGCUGAAAAAGUUGUGGAAAUUAGAGAAGAAACUGCUGAUUCUUUCACUUCAACUGUAACUGGGUGGUUCGGUUUUAAAUCUGAGAAAAAACUUGAUGCAGAAAAAGAGCAAUACAAAGAAGAAGAAGAAGAAAAAGAAGAAGAACCAGUAGAGAAAUUCAGGAGUAGGAGGAUGUCUCUGGACCUAGAAGGUAGCCAAUUACAGGAAGAAGAGAAGAGCGAGAUGGGAACAUUGAGUUGGUUGGGGAAUGGGCUCUCAAGCAGGCUAGGAUUUGGCCAGACCAAUCAGGAAACAGGACAAGAGACAAAUGGAGGAGAAGAUGAGGAAGAGAAGGAACAGUCAGCAUCCGGGUCCUGGUUGAAUAUGAGAAUUGGAGGCAUUAUGGGGUUUGGGCAAGAUAAUGUUAGAGCAGAUGAAAGUGCAGGAAGUGGCUCUACAGAAACAGAAAAGGAUACAACCCUACAACAACCAACAGGAUCACAGAGUGUGGAAACCAGCCAGUCCCAGGCAGAAGAUGGAAAGACCGUGAGUAGCAAUGAAGAAGAACCCCCAAAAGAACAAAAUGUCCCAUCCACACAGGCAGACAGUGCUGAUACUAAUGAUAAAAAUAUUGAUACAUCAGAGAGUAGCAAGGACACUGACUUACACAUAGAUGCCGGAUCCAAGAUUGGUCACAAUGAUAUUGCCCCUCAUACCAAGUCUGAGGAAAAAUCUUUAGGUGGAAUAUCUAAUGACAUUAGUAUUGAAGAAGACAAAGAUCAGUUAGAAGAUGACAGUAAGGAAAUAAAAGAAAUCGAUGAGGAAAGAUCUGCAGAAAUGGAGGACAAAGGUCAUCAAAUGUCCACAUCAAUGGGAAAUGAGAGUCAGGAUGAAAUUAAAACUGAAAAUUCUGUCCCAGACCACAGUUCUGUGUCAGACUCCAUAGAGCAACCUGUUGUGGUUGAGGAAGAUAAACUGCAAAGUGUGAAAUCAGACAGCGUGCAGGGGGAAGGACCUGGCAUUACAAAUCAGAUUGAUAAAACAGAGGAAUCCACCAAUGAAUCUGCUGAAAAUAUUAGAGAUGACGAUCACGAAGAAGAGGGGGCUCGUGAAGAGACAGAGCUAGCUCACAGAAACGUUUUCACAACUCAGACUGAAGAAUCAAAUGAAAGCCAAGUCGGUGGUGAUGCAGAAGACAACAGUGGCCAGCUUUUACCGUCAGCCGAGGAGAGAAAUGAACCAAUCCCACUUGAGACUUAUAUUUUGACAAACGAUGCAGAUAAAUUAGCAAUAGAUAUUAAUGCAGAAAGAGAGACUCAUAGUGAAUUGAGGCAGAAGUCAGAGACGGAAAUUGUUGAGGACAUCUCUCAGGACUUUGGAACUUUAGAUUUACAUUCUGCUAGUGGAAAUACUGAAAGUCCUUUUGAAAAUGUCUUAGAGGAGGACAGAGGAACUAUGUCCUCUGGUGAAAACACAGAUCAGACCCCAGUGUCUCCACAGGUGGACCAAGAGAUCACAAACAGUGAUAGUGAUGCAGACAAGCUCAUGGAAACUGUGAAAGAGACAUCAGCCUUUGAAGAUGUAGGUGAUCCAACGUCCACCAUAAGCAAUGAAAUAGAUAGUGAGGAGUUAAAUGACGAGAGGAAGCAGGAGAUGGUGGAAGUGACAGAAAAUGAGAAACCGGAGGAUUUGAGGGCGGGUGAAGAAGGAAAGAAUCAGGAAGAAGUAGAGGAAUUAAAGGAAGAGCGGCAAGACGUGGUGGGGUCAAAUGACGAGAAGAAAGGCGAGAUAUUAAAAGAAGAGGAGGGGGCGAAACAUGAAGAAAAACAGGAUCAGAUGGAAAAAUUAAAGGAGGAGGGGAAGCAGGAGGAAGCAGAGGAGUUGAUGGUUGCAGAACAGCAGCAAGAAGUGGGGGGGUAUAAUGAUGAGAGGUUAGAGGAGAUGGGUGGGGCAAACGAAGAGAAGGUACAGCAAAAUGUGAAGGACAAUGAACAGGAAGAAAAGCAGAACGGCGUGGAAGAGAUAGAGGGAGAGGGGAAUCAACAGGAAGGCAACGAGGCAAAGAAGGAGGACAAGCAGGAGGAGGAGGACAAGGGAAUGGGAGGGGGAAUGGAGACUGAGAAAAAGAAGGAGGACAAGAAAUUAAAUGAAAAUUCUGUAAUUGAGAAUUCUUUAAUGGACAACAAAGAGGAGAAAGAGCAGGAGAAGAAGGAGGUGGCAGAAUUAAAGGGAGGAGAGAAAGGGGAGGAGACAAAUACGGUAAAACAUGAGGAGAAGGAACUAAAGGAGGAACAGAAAGAGCAGAAGACUGAAGAGUCAGAGGAAGACAUGCAGACCAGGGAAGAGGAAGUCAAGGAAGAGGGAAGGCAGGUGGAGUUAACAAAGGAGGUGAAACAGAUGGAGUUAACAAGGGAGGUGAAACAGAUAGAGUUACCAGAGGAGGUGAAACAGGUGGAGGUAACAAAAGAGGUGAAUCAGAUAGAGUUACCAGAGGAGGUGAAACAGGUGGAUGUAACAAAGGAGGUGAAGCAGACAGAGUUACCAGAGGAGGUGAAACAGGUGGAUGUAACAAAGGAGGUGAAACAGGUGGAGGUACCAGAGGAGGUGAAACAGGUGGCGUUACCAGAGGAGGUGAAACCGGUGGAGUUACCAGAGGAGGUGAAACAGGUGGAUGUAACAGAGGAGGUGAAACAGACAGAGUUACCAGAGGAGGUGAAGCAGGUGGAGGUAACAAAGGAGGUGAAACAGACAGAGUUACCAGAGGAGGUGAAACAGGUGGAUGUAACAAAGGAGGUGAAACAGGUGGAGGUACCAGAGGAGUUGAAACAGGUGGCGUUACCAGAGGAGGUGACACAGAUAGAGUUACCAGAGGAGGUGAAACAAGUGGAGUUACCAAGGGAGGUGAAACAGGUAGAGUUACCAGAGGAAGUGAAACAGGUAGAGUUACCAGAGGAGGUGAAACAGGUGGAGUUAAUGGAGGAGGUGAAACAGGUAGAGUUACCAGAGGAGGUGAAACAGGUAGAGUUAACAAAGGAGGUGAAACAGGUAGAGUUACCAGAGGAGGUGAAACAGGUGGAGUUAAUGGAGGAGGUGAAACAGGUAGAGUUACCAGAGGAGGUGAAACAGGUGGAGUUAAUGGAGGAGGUGAAACAGGUAGAGUUACCAGAGGAAGUGAAACAGGUGAAGCUAACAAAGGAGGUGAAACAGGUAGAGUUACCAGAGGAGGUGAAACAGGCAGAGUUACCAGAGGAGGUGAAACAGGUGGAGGUAACAGAACAGAUGCUGUCAUCUCAUUUAGAGGAGGAUAACAUUAGCAGAUCAGAGUCAGAAUAUAAUGAUAAAGUGACACAAGAUGAAAACGGGUUAGAAUCAUCAUUUAUUGACAUAACACAGUUGGAAGAGAAACAGAGAGAGUCUGAGGAAAAUAAACAAAAUGAGGUCGAAGAGACAAAGAUUAAAAAGCAAGAGGGUGAGGAGGUGGUGGAUCACAACCUUAAAUGUUCAAAUGAGCUGUGUCCUCCUAGUGAGGAGGGUCCUGGGAUAGAAAGAGAUAGAGGUGUCUCUGAGGAUGGAAUGAGUUCAGCAAGUGAAGGAAAACAAAAUGAACAAGUUGCCGAGACAGGAGAGAGGAACACGAUACAACCUGAUGACAAAAUGUCAGAUAAUGCUUCCAGUGGGGCAGGAAACACUCAUAUACUCAAUCAGGGUGAGGAAACUAGAAGUAAUGGGAUUUCCAUUAAUGAGCUUCCGACCUCACCCAGUGAACCAGUUGUAGGCCAGGUUGUGACGCCUGAACAGACUGAAGCUGAGUCACUUCCACCUGAAGAUCGCAGUAGAGAGAGAGAGAGUGAAACUGGAGGAGCUUUUGGUCUUUUCAAAGAUGCCUUUGGCUUUUUAAGCCAAACACCGACCACUGAAUCUAAGGAGCCCACAGAAUCAGCUCAGAGUUCCGACAGUGAUCCACAGCCACAUGCCUCUCCAACUCCUGAGCAGGAGCUGGUUUCCACUUCUGAUUCUAUCCAGAAUCAAAAUGAGCGAACAGACUCUCCACAGCCUGAUCCUCCCUCUGCUGAAACCCAUCUCCAUACUGCGUCACCGAACACAGAAGCGCCACACCAAUCAACGCUCACCAAAUACUACAAGAACCUUCUAGCCCACAUGACUGUGGAUGAGACGACUCUUUUGUUGGAGCUGUUCGGGCGACCCAAGCUCCAGUUCCUGGAUUACAUUUUGACCACGUCAGAAGGCACGAUUGAAGACGAGGAUCAGUCUAUACUGUUGGAUGUAGAGAGGCUUCUGCAUCAUCACAGGGAGACGCUAGUCACUCCUAGCAUCAGGCUCUCUGAUGCACCACAGGAGGACAAAGAAAGGACCAGAAUACUCAGUGCACUUCAGAAGCUGGAAAUGCUCCUGGAAAGAGUGAAAGAGACCUUUAACACACGAAAAUCAGAUGUCAGUAAUCAUCAAGCAGACUCCAGCUGUGCUGGCGCAUCCUGCUCGACUCACAGCAAAGAUAGAACAGUGAACACUGAGAAGGAUAAACAGCGCGAAGAAGAGGGAGUGUCCCUUCCUCUAGGAUCAUCACUGACACUGGAAGAUUCAAUGAAGCAAAUUCUGGACUUUGUUUAUCAGACAGCUGAGGACGCCACCACCUUUGCACAUGCAGUGAUGGAGGUUGUAUCAGCACUGCCCGAUGACCUAAGACCUGGACCAGACCUGUACGGUGUGCCAUGGGAACCCGUCAUCGUCACGGGUCUGUUGGGCCUGGUGACAAUGCUAAUAUUCACGUGUAGAUGUUACAGCUCUAUCAAAAGCAGAUUGUAUCGAAGGAAAGAGCGGUGGAUGGCUGAACAGGUCGCACAGCUGCUGGAUGAGAAGUGUAAAGUCCUUGAGACUUUCAGUCAAUGUCAACAAGAGUAUGAUGAAUUGGAGACUUCACUGAGGGACAGUGGUGUCUUGGCCCAGACUCAAAAGACAGAACAUCUGGAGGUCAAAGCCAGGCAGCUAGAACACUCUAAACGAGAGCUGGAGAGAGAUCUGGAACAACUGAAGGAUCAACUGGACCAGCAGAGAGAACAUAGGCUAGAACAAGAGCGGAGGAUAGCAAUGCUUGAGGAGAGCAUGAAAACAUUUGAAGAGGAAUCUAAAGAGCUCCAGUCACAGGAGGAGCAGGCACAAACCACUCUGAAAGUGUACAAUAUGAACAGUGACAGGCUACAGAGGAACCUAGAAACGGCAGGAGAGGAGAACAGGGUGCUACAGGAGAGCAAUGCUCAGCUGAGGCAGCAGGUGGAGGGCUGGGCAGAAAGAGUGAGUGAGGUGGAGGCAGAGAUGAGGAGAUGUGAGGACGCCCACAGUGGAAUGCUACAGGAUGUGGCCAACAAGGAUGAACGCAUAAUGUCCCUGACAGAUCGGCUGCUAAGUAUGAAAGCUUGGGAUUCUGAUCUGGAGGAGGAGGAGGAACAAGGAGAGAAUGAAGCGAACAAUGGGACACCAGGAAAAGGAGAGAAUGGAAGAGGGAGCCUAACAGACACACAGGGCCAUCUGCAGAAAGUCCAGAAACUCAUUUAUGCUGCUAAGCUGAAUGCAGAUCUCAAAUCAGUAGAUGAAGAUAAGGACAGAGUAUUUGCCAAACUGAAUGAUGAAGUCAAAGCUAAAGAAGACUUGGAAGUGAGCAUUAAGGAGCUGGAGAAUGAGAAACAGUCUCUACAGUCUGACUCUGGGUACUACUCAGAUGAGGUGCAACGAUUACAACAGAAACUCCAUAUCAUGACAGAAAUGUACCAGGAGAAUGAGCUCAAGCUGCACAGACUGCUGACAGUGGAAGAAAAGGAACGCCUUCAGAAAGAGGAGAAGUUAAAUAAGGCUGACAAAAACAUUGCGAUGGCUAUGGAGGAGCUCAACAACUACAGGCAACGAGCAGAAGAGAUGGAGGAAGAGCUGGAGAAAACCAAACAGUCUUACCAGACUCAAAUAUCCGCACAUGAGAAGAAGGCUCAUAAUAACUGGCUGGCAGCCCGAGCAGCAGAGAGAGAACUAUCAGACAUCAGAAGAGAGAACGCCCUCUUCAGACAGAAACUAACAGAUACACAGUUUAAAUUGGACGCCCUUGACAAAGAUCCAUUUGCCUUGGACACGCUGGCUAGACCGCUGCCUUUCCGAGCUGAAAGGUCACCGUACGGGCCUUCUCCUCUGGGUCGACCUGCGUCUGAAACCAGACCUUUCCUCUCUCCUCCUACACUGAUGGAUGGACCUCCUGCUAGACUGUCUCCUAGAGUGUCUCGCGGGCCUAUGGAGCCCCCUGGUGGCCAGGGGGAGAUGGAGCGCAGUGGAGGCCCUCAUUCAGACAGCGGCUCAAGCUCUCCUACAUGGGACAGGGAUCGCAGGGGACCCCCACCAGGACCACCAGGCUAUAUGUUUCCAGAACCGGGGGGCCCAAUGUACAGGAGACCUCCACCUCCCCCAGGAGCUCUGGGCCAUAUGCCUCCUCCAGGCUCCCUCCCUCCUGGGCCUCUCCAUCCUAGGGGACUACCCCCAGGACCCCCUCACCCCACAGACAUGACAGAUGGCUCCUAUAGAGAAAACAGCCUGAGACCUGGUGAACACAGAGACGAACACAGAGAGUCUGGUCCCGGAGACCGAAGGACUCCCCCUGAAGCAGAUCCAAGGAUGGGCGGUCCACUCCCUCCCGGACCCCCCAUGGGUCCCAUGGAUGGUCCCUUUCCUCGUAGAGCCCCUUAUGGACCCCCACCUCCAGCUGAUUUCUACCCUCCCAGGAUUCCAGGGGGGCCUCCCAUGAUGCCUAGAUGGGGCCCCCCUCCUCCCGGGAUGUUCCCUCCUCGGUUCCCUCCCGAUGGACCUCUACUCCCUCCUGCUCCUCAUCCUCACAUGCCACCCUAUGGUCACCCAAUGCGCCCCCCUCCUCCUGAUGGACUCCCACCUCCCUCUGUGGGCCCUCCCCCUCCUCAGCAGUUCGUCCCAUCCCCACCACACGUACAGUCACCGGAGGAGCACACGCCCUCGCCCGAAGACGCCAUUUGAGCUUCUACUUGAAUGAAGAGAUGCACAUUUCUGGUUAAAGGUAUCUAGGUGGAUGGUAAAUCAGGUUGCCCUUAUUCUGAAACAUCUAUUUAUUCACCAAGAGGACGUACUAAAUGAAUUAUGUGUUAGUGGAUGGGCAGUGAUGGCCGUCAUUCGCCUGUUUUGUGGCUCUAUGUUUACUUCAAUUCUGUUCCUCUGCUGCAUCCUUCCUCCUGUCUUCUUUCUCUGUUCUUUCCUUUCUUCCCUAUGAGGUAGCUGAUGUUGUGAAAUCAUGGUGACAGCAGUUAUGCUCCUGUUAGGUUGUGGUAUUUGACAGACAGUCUAAACAGUGCGGGUGCUGCAUGAGCAACAGUUGCUUGUUGGCUCACCAAUGCCAGGAAGCUUUUAAUGGGACUUUGGUUUUUGCAGCACGUUGACAUGUUGAGAACAAUCUCAACAUUGUUUCAACUGCAAGACACAGAAAAAGAAAUUUUAAUGAUCCCAUGAAAUUACAUUCAACCUUUACUGCUGGCCUGUGAGAUGUGUCUUACACACUUGUCAUUCUCAUUCAGAACUAUCUAAAUGUCGCCUGUGGAUCUUUUGACCAUCACAUCAGGGCUUGUUUUGUCUGAGACUUAACACUUGAUCUUAAGCUUGAGUAAACCUCAAAGGUCAAAUGAGACAGUUUUCUUAAAAUGUAAUUGAAGUGUGUGGUUUAAUGUCAUGGACUUCCUUGUGGUAUUUGGGGAUUGCAAUUCAUCAACAAAAGCUAUUCUAAACCAAUCUUUGAUCAUGUUACAUGCUUGAAAGAGUGUCUUUUAACGGCUGCUUAUGUUCUGCCAACGUAAGCUGUGACGUCAGUCUGAGUGGUGAAUUAUACAGACUGACUGGACUAGAAGCUCCCUACAGAGCCAGUGAGAUGAGACCCAUGUGAAUUUUGUAAAAAGUGAUUAUUAAUAGAUAAAUAAAGACUCUAAAAUUGUA